AUGCCUCUGAAGCAUGGACAGCCUUUGAAUCCUCCUCUAUCAAGUAUUAAAGGUCCUUUUCCAAAACGAGAUAGGUCAAGGUCAUUAUGUGUGGAUAGAGUUACCCCUUUGUUCCCAAAAUGGGAACCAAAAGGGCCCCCGUUUUUGGGGAGACGGGGGUCCGCGAGUGGCAUCGUCGGAAUAUUUCAUACGACAAACAUGCUGUUGUGGUGCCAUCCAGCCACUGUAGCGGAAGGAGAAUCAUCAAGCUCUUCAACUACAGAUCUUGCAGCACGAAGGGGAGUUUUCAGCAGACGGCGGUAUGGCUCAGUUGAAAUGCUUGCUUCCUGUGAUGGAGAGGGAUCCGAAAAUUUGGUUCGAAGAUUUCGAGUUGAAAAUGGUGAACAAACGGAAAAAGAUGAGGUGUAUGGAUCUCCAAGUACGCCCGUCUUAGAGAAUCCUGAAUAUCAAACAAGAUGGUACUUCAAAUUCUUUCUGGGAAAAUUGCAUCAAAAUUACGUUGGAGCAGAUUCGGAAAAGACACCUUUCUUCCUAUCGGUAGUACUCACAGAUGCCAAUGCACAAGGUGUCCAGCAAUAUCGAGCCAUUUUAUGGCGAAAGACGGGAGCACAAAAAAUCUGCCUUUCUCAUUCACCUGGAAAGCCGCUAACAGUAAAAUCAAUAUUAAGCAAUUUUCAAAAUAUGGAUAAAAUAGAAAAAGGACCAAAAGAAAUUUUUUCACCAGAAGUUCAAAAGGAUUUGUUGCUACUAGAAGAACAAGAGGGCUCGGUGAACUUCAAAUUCGGUGUCCUUUUUGCAAGAGCACGUCAAACUACCGAUGACGAAAUGUUUAGCAACGAGACGGGAACGAGAGAUUUUGAUAAAUUUGUGAAUUUACUAGGAGAGAAAAUUCGUCUGAAAAGUUGGGAUAAAUACAGAGGGGGACUUGAUGUCAAAGGUGAUAUGACAGGAAAGUAUUCUGCGUAUACGAUAUAUGAAGGCCAUGAAAUAAUGUUCCACGUUUCUACUCUUUUGCCUUAUUCCAAAGACAAUCGUCAACAAGUAGAAAGAAAACGCCACAUUGGCAACGACAUUGUGAAUAUUAUAUUUCUAGAAGGAUCUCACACGGACCAUAUCAACUUUAAACCAACCAUGAUAAAAUCACAGUUUACUCAUAUUUUUGCUGUUGUGUCCUAUGAAAAAGAAGACGAUUCCUACAGACUCUCAGUAUAUUCAGAAGAGUCGGUACCAUUAUUCGGUCCCACAUUGCCCAACCCUCCAAUUUUCAAAAACCAUCAGGAAUUUCGAGAGUUCCUUCUGGUAAAAUUAAUAAAUGGUGAAAAAGCAGCUUUUAACACUCCUACCUUUGCCCAAAAGCGAGAACGCACUUUGGAUAUGCUGAUCAAAGAUCUUUACACAGAGCACAUGUCAGAAAAUCGUGGGACAAUGUUGAAUCGGAGGGCUUUCAGCGACGUUCUCUCAGAUGCUUCAAAGACUUCGAGAAGGAAAGAAGAAGCUAGGCAAGUUGAGUUCGUUAGAAUCGGACAGGCUCUUAAACUUGACACCAUUGUGAAAGGAGAUGCUCCAACCAGUUUAGCUACAACGAGUCUUUUUAAAAGAGAACCUUGGGAGCCACAAUGUUUUUAUCCUGAUUUUCCUCAUGAAAUUGUUUGCGGUGAUUCAUGGGGUGAUAAUAAAGUCGUAUUAGCAACAGAAGAUGGUGUGUUUCUCGUUGAAGAAGGGCUAAGCCACAGAUUAAUUUUUGACAAAUCAUUACAAGUGAAACAGCUUAGUGUUGUUGAAGCACAUGGUAUUUUGUUAUUACGGGCAGAUAAAGGUAGAGACGGCAAAAUUCAUGUAUUUAGACUAUCUGACUUUGAGGGAGAGUUGAAUGAAUGUUUAAUUCGGUCAAAAGCUGAUGUAAAGGAUCAUAAAAUUGAAAGAACGAAAGGGUGCCAUAUGUAUGCUCUCAGCCGCCCUGGGGGGAGUCAUUUGCGAAUGGUUGUCGCAGUAGGAAGAAAACUCAUUAUUCUUCAGUGGCGGCAUUCAGCGGCGUGGACGACGUGGUGUGCGGCCUCCGACACGGACACGGUGGAUGGCUUUCAGUUCGUCAAAGAAAUUUCCUUAUCAGAGACGCCUCAGCUGAUCACUCUGGUAGACAGCCCAGUUUCCAAUUUCGACAACCAGAUUUGCAUCGGUUACCGGCAUCAGUUCGACCUCGUCAAUGAGAAAACAGGCGAAAUACAGAGGCUACACUUAGUGGAAGGAAACAAGGGCCACCUUAUUGCAGCAAUAGAUAUUUAUGAAGAUGAUGAAGCUGAAUUAUUGCUUUGCUACAAUCAUAUGACGCACUUCCAAAAGCUUUUUGAAGAAGGUACUACAGAGUUCGACUUUCAAUGGAAUGCCGUUCCUGAAGCAAUUGUUUGUGCUUUUCCAUAUGUACUGGCCUUUACGUCAGAUACCAUCGAAAUUCGACUUGUGAUCAACGGGAAUCUUGUGCAAAGUAUGAUGAUGCCUAGCCUCAAACUUAUCACAGCUAAAGCUGAUAUAAUAUUUGCUACAACUGCUCCUGAAUUUUUCCAAGUUCGCAGAGAAAGAGUGAAAGUGGAUAAAAUGGAUAGAGAUCCUAGUUUGUCCCCGCCAUCUUCUCCACAUUCUCAAGGUGGAUGCAUUCCUAGCUCAGCAGAUGGCGUUAAACCAUUCAGAAUAUUUCGUAUUUCGUACACAUCCCUAACAGGUAGUUCUCCAAGUGAAAGAAGAGUCCCUACUCCAUCAACACCCACCCCUGCUUCGAUGCUCAAUGCCACAAGUACUGGUAUAAAUUACCUCACCCCAGGCGCACAAAUUGAUUGUUUAGGGGCGGACAACAACCGACUCAGGGCAGAUGCAAAUGCUCGACCCAGUCGCAGUGCUUCAUCGUCCCCUUUGCCUCAGCUUCCACUCAUUCAUCGCCAAGCAUCGCCAACACGGGGCCUCAACCGAGACCACAUCCACUCUGCGAGCUCAGACUCAGGCCUAGGCAAAAGUUUAGGCUCUACUCCUCCACCAAGUCCCUUCGUUGUCGCAGAACACGAGCCAGCAUCCUUCCACGACAGAUGCUAA